AGAGCAGAGUUUACUGGGGUCUCCCGUCCAAUAGCGGAGCUGGAUGUUGUCCGGCCCUGUUGCGACCGCGGACAGAAAGAAGCAAGUGGACCGCUUUAAAGCUAAGCUAAUUCAAUCACAUUUAAAGCUGGUUAAUUGUGAUUGUUUGCAGUGGUUCCGUUUUCAGCACAUGAUCUGCUUGCGAAAAAAUUAAUCUACGUGUACAUAUUUUAACCGCCAGGCUAAGAAGACAAACCGUUUAACGUUUAACCGUUUACUUUGGUAAACCGCUUCUGUGCGCGCUAGCUAAAUUGGCGCCAGUCGGGUGUUUGACAACAGCGCUAUUCAGUCACGUUCCCGGUGUUGUUGUUUGUAGCUGCUGAGUGAAACGAGCUAGUUUCCGUUAGGCGUAAACUGCAAAAAAAAAAGAGGAGAAAGCUCACGAUACCUAAGAUAAAAGUUAAGUAUGGCUGAAUUCCUCGAAGAUCCGUCGGUUCUUACAAAAGAUAAGCUGAAGAAUGAGCUCGCGGCCAACAAUGUGGCACUUCCCACCGGAGAGCAUAAAAAAGAAGUGUACGUGCAGCUGUAUCUGAAACACUUAACCGCGCUGAAAGAUAAGAAGAUGCCGCCUGUAGACAUCUUCUCCAGCGACGACGAGUCGCCUCCUCCCGUGGUGUCCAACAAAAGUCGAUCUGGAAGAAAAGCUACCAAAAAGACAGACAAGCCUUGCACAGAGGAAGUGGAGGUGACGGAGCUCACUGAUGAAGAUUUAAAACAACAGCUGGCGAAACAUGGGGUGGAAUCAGGACCCAUUGUUGCGACCACUCGUAAGUUGUAUGAGAAGAAGCUGCAGAAGCUUUUGGAGCAGCCUCCAGCUGAACCCGAAGCUCCUACAGACGUCAUCACUCUGCCCAAGGCAGACAGUAACCAAAAUGGCAACACAAAUUCUGACCAGUACAGCGACAAGGAAGAUGAGGAGAUUGCUGCCCCUGAAACAGAGCCAGUUCCUGUGGUGGAGAAGCUUGUGAGAAGCAGAGGGAAAAUUCCAGUUACGUCCAGAACCAGCAGCAGAAGAACAACCACCAAGGUGGUGGAGGAAAUUAUAACUGACGAAACCCCUAAGAAGGCUAGCGAGAGUGUUGUUGAAGAUAUCCUUGCCAAUGAAAUAAGCACGCCAACAGGCAUGAGUGCAACCUGCAGGCGUCCAAUCCGAGGGGCAGCUGGUCGACCAUUGCAACCAAGUGAAUACUGGCUGGAUGAGUCCCGGGUGCAGCGCAGCGUCCACUCUGAGACCCGCUCUUUCUCUGAGUCUUACUCCAGAGUGGGCAGCUCCGUCUCUUCAAGCAAAGCACCAGCCCGACAAGGCUUCCUGUCCAUCUUGCUCAAGCUCCUGCUCCUCGUUGUGGUGGCCGGUUCUCUCCUCUAUGCCUACCAGAACCUGAAUGCCGAUAACAUCAACACCCUCAAAGGCCUCCUCGACAACGUCAUCGUCCCCUUUCAGGGCGUUGUGAACAACGCAGCCACCUACCUGGGCAUCGGCAGCAGCGGUGCUACAAAGAGCGCCGGCAAGUAAGGAGCCUCAGCAGUCUCUCGCCACGCCACCUCCCUGUUACACGCCACAGCACAGCACAAGCAGCAAACUUGGCUCACCUCUUCUUUACCCACGUGUUUGGACAAAGGUCACAGAUUUAAUUGGAACGAUGAACUUUCUCCUCUCUGGACUCCGGCUUUCCUCCCAGGAACACAGUAGCUUCUGGAUAACACUGUUUUGUGGCAGUCAGAAGAGACUCAUUUCAAUGUUGAUCUUAAUCUGUGAAUUGUUUGUGUCUUUGUGUGUAUUUAACCCUUUGUAUGUAGAAAGACAGGCGCAGAAUGGAGAGGCCUGUUUAUCCAUGCAUGGUUGUAGUUUUUGAAGGUCCUACUGUAGUUUCUAACUCUUGUGCCAGGUGUUUUUCUGAUGGUGAAGUGCCUGGACACGUAGCACGUAGUGCCCUCCCAUUUUCUAGCACAAAGCAGUGCUCCUACUAAUGCCAGAAUGUUUCAUGUGUUUCUGUAUGAAUUUCAACAUUUGCUCCGUAGCUAUAGAGUUAGGUAGAGUGAUUCAUUAUUUCAAUGGUGCUCAGGUCAAUUCAGCUCAAACUUUUUAGUGUGGUCCGUGCUGGGAGGAGACACAUGGUGUAAUCAGGUCGCAUCACUGCAUGAGGAAAAUCCGCCCACGUUCAGGUUGAGUUAUAAAAAAACUUUUAUUAAGUGGCUGAUCCCGGCUUGAAUAUCGUAUACGGGGCGCUAUAAUUAUGACUCAAAUAAUUAUUCUGGUCACUCAGUAUUAUCAUGCUUGUUACUGUUAAUUGAUUGAGGAAGAAAAUGUACUUUUGAGAUCUCAACAAUUUACAAAGAAAUUAAACGGCUUUUUAUUAAUCUUAUACCACUUAUUUGACAAUUCCUCUUUAAGGAAACUAAAAUUGCUGUGUGCAAUUUAUAGAUUGAUUUUCCAGCCCAACCGGUGUGCCCAUUUUGAGUUUAUAUGCUUUGGGUUUUAGUGCUCUGUUGUGCUUUUUUGUUUUUAUUAGAUUUCUGAUCCUUCAGUCCUAUAUGCAGGAUUGGCUGUUGCAGUGCACCCACAUAGCCCACCUCACUGACUACAUGUGUCCAUACAUGGCGUAUCUGCAAAGGGGACACAUGGAGAAAGUUCAUCCUUUUGGGACAGUUAAUCAAUUUAUUCUUUUCAGAACUUGUUUACUACUUCUGCCUGAGCAAAUAACCACAAUUAAGAGACUGUAUGUUACCCGCUGGGAGGGACGAUGCAUUCACUGCAGGUGAUUUUGGGGGUGGGAAGAUUUCUGGGGCAUCUUUGUUUCUAUUUUGAUAUUUUUCUAAAAUGGCGUGUUCAACUUUUUAUAUCACAUUUUAAGGUAACAUUUGAAAGCAAUAUGUAAAACAUGAAAGUGAUUCUGUAUCUUAAUUUGAACCUUGCUGAAUUAACACAAUGAUUCAUCAUCAGGCAGCUCUUCCACAAUGGACAGAAACGACAAGGGUUAUGUGGGUAAGGAUUUUUAAUCUGUCUAUUUAUGAUAAUGUAGGCAGUGUAUCAUAAAAUAAACGUGGCAGUUACAAGAUA